CCUUAACACUCGACUUCAAUCAUCUCAUUUAAAAUAAACUUUACGAAAGUGAAGAACUAAAAUAUUUGCAACAGAAAACACAUUCUCGGCUAAACUCUCAACAUUUGACUUUGUUUGCGAUAACUGAAAGGACCAUGGGGUAUAUGCUGCUGUACCUACUGCUGGUGACUGUUAUGUGCCUUUCCCGAGGAGUUGUUGCGCAGGGAUGGCGCCUCCAUCCUGAUAUUGGCACCUCGAGAAACGGAGUACCUAGCGCAUCGCUGGAUUUAUCUAGAAAUAUUCACGGCCACAGAACACGCAUCGGAGGCACUGUUCUUUCUAAUGGCCACUGGGAAAUGAGAGGGAGUGUAAAAAAGGAUUAUGCUAAUGGACUCGGGUGGGAUGUCAGCGGCAGCACUAACAGCAGGCGCUAUUCAAGGUUCGGGGGUAGCCUGAAUUAUAGGUAUAAAAAUGGGAAGGUCGAUGUCCAUGGACAUGUGGACUCUCAUGGCGAUUUUGGUUUGGGUCUGUCGUGGGAACAUCGGCUUCGAAGAUCUGUUAAGACUCAAAGGUUCAACGUGACGCUAAUGGCUGAUCCCUGCGAGUUCGACUUCUACGAUUACGACAAAGAUGGCGGCAUAUCUCAGAAAGAGAUGGCGGCCAUAUUCGGACACGAGGCGGCCGCUGAAAGGCUUUUUGAUGCUUUGGAUAGAGAAACGGUGGAUGGGGUGAUCGUUAGGGAGGAAUUCGCGUUUGCUCCGAUGGUCAUCGACAACUGCUUCAAGAACAGUAAAGGAGAAAAAUACGGAACAACUUAGGAACCGUAGUCAAUGUGUUCCUGACCUACAGCCAAUUAUAGCUUCACAUAAAUAUAUGCUAGUGUUUGCGAAUAACACAGUUCGUAGUAACACACUUUUUUUAAAUUAUUAUAUGUUUAAAACCCGCAUGUCAAUGAAUUGCUUGAAAAUGAAUGAAUGUUUGUAAAUACUUAAUUUGGAAUAAAUGAAGUCGUUGCAUAAAUGCUGGAUUUCAAGUGAACAUGCAA